GAGAAGAGCCUCUUAAAGCCAAUACUGAUAGGGGCGUGCUGGGUUUCAAACUAGCUGUAGAGCGCGUAUCCUGUUGGAAGAACGGUCUGGUUGGUUAUCCUUACAACUCUUUCUUCUCUAUUCCUAGCUGCGUGCUGGCUGUUGGGCCUGGGACUCCCCUAUUUUCCAAUGGAUCCCGUCGGGAAGUUCUUUGGAAAGCUGCACAACUUGGCUGUGACCUUGGAGAGAGAGACGGCUCAACUGGAGCGGGGGCUGAACGGAGAGGAGGCGGAUUUUGAAGACUCUCCAAUGAGAAUUUUGCAUGACUUGCACUUGGAGGUGAAGACUCUAAAGGAUGAUGUUAAAAUUCGUCUUGAUAAAAGUCAUUGGGAGAGACAAGAAAGCAACAAUUUUAUAAAGAACACCAAAUUGCUGAUGGAAAGAAAUACAAUGAAUAUCACAAAAAUAAGAGACUUAUUCCUGAAAUAUGGAUACAAGCCAACUGCUGUGGGAGACCCAGUGAAAAAGGAAGAUAUUGAUAAUGUGAAAUCAGAGGAGGCUAAAUGCAAAAACUCUCAGAUGUCUGAGGCAAACACAGAAGAUAUGUCUGGUGGUUCUGUUCAAAGUAACCAUGUUCCUCAGAGCCCUCCACAUAGUCCACAGCUUUCAGAUUUUGGACUGGAAAAGUAUAUGUUUUCCAGAAAUUUGAAUAUUCAUCCACCAGCAAUGAAUAUUCAUAAACAAGAGCAAGUAACUAUGAAUACACCUUUUAAACAAACUUCCCCCAAAAUGCUGAAAACUCCGAAAUGCACCUUAAAGAUGGAUGAGUAUGUAGUAGAAACUCCUAAGUUGGAACACUUUGGUAUUUCGGAACAUACCAUGUGUUUAAAUAACGAUUACACAAUGCUGCUUAAAAAUGCCCAGAAAAAUAAAAGUUUACCUAAGAAUAAUGCUAUGGAAAUAAAUGUAGAAGCAAAAUCAGGAGGCAACAACAAUAUCCCAAGUUCUGGUUCCAUACUAGAACAAUCAAAAGAAAAUCAUGCUUAUUAUGCCAAUUCCCCUUUGGAGCCUGUAUUCUUCACUCCUGGCUUGAAAAUCCCAUUGAAAAAUAGCAAUCCAGUUUUAAAUGAAACAAAACAAAACAAAACAAAACAGGAUAUAAUUCCACCAAUAUCAGGCUCAAGCAAUUUGGAUUCAGAAGUUUAUACUUCAUUGGUUUUAAAAUCUGACAAGUGGUUUGAACAUCAUGAAGAACUCUCUCCUCCUAAGAUUUCUCCUAGUGAAAACUUGCUGAAAACACCCUCACCUCCAGAAGUAACUACAAUUCCAGAUGAUAUCUUCCAGAUGUUAUCAAGGUAUAAUUCAAAAUUAGCCACACCAGUAGCCUUUAAACCAAGACCCAGCAAAGCACUUUUUUCUGAUUUUAAAUGAAAAUUACUUGAGGGAUACAACAGAAUGAACCAAGAAGAUUGCAAGAGAAGAGACAUUGAUAUCCUGACACAGCUUUAGUACCAUGAAGAUGCUUUUCACACCUGAGCAAGAUGGAUUGUGUUUAUGAUCUUAGGGAAACAGGCAUCAUACUUAAUGAUGUCACUUUAAAUCACUUUCCUCUGAAAGCAGUAGAACCCCCUUUCUAAUUCUAGGGCUAAGCCCAAAAAUCAUCUCUGUCCCACAAGAGAGAAAAGAAGACAGUCCAGGAUUUGGGGGAACUCAUACCAGUCUUCCUUUUAUAAAAAAUGUAAAAAUAUAACUCUGAUUGCAAAUGUUCAUGUUUACCAAUUUGCAUUUUAAAAAUUCCUAGUAAACCCAGAGAAACUUCAUUUUGCAAUCCUGUAUAAAUUGAAUUUGGGUCCCCUUGUAAUUUACCUUUUCCUUCCCUAGAAUCAUGCUAUGCUUGAAAAUGCAUUUUUUUCUUUUCUAAAACUGAUAGGUCCUAAAACAAUACAGGAUAUACAGACAGCAAGGCAGCAUUCCUUCAUAAUUCCUUCAGAAAAGGCAGGUGUACCUUAGAGCACACCACUCCACCUUCUGCCAGAUCAUACUCAUAUAAUUCUUUAGCAAGUGGCUAGAGUAAAAAGGACCAGCAGUUAUAGAUAAUUAUAGACUCGUUAAUAGGGAAAGCCAACCACUAAGACCUGGAAAAAAAAUUCCACAACAGUCUUGAAGAAUUCGAAAUAAGACCACAGCCAGCAACCAAGACCCGGGGGUGGGAGUGGGGAAGACUUAAAUCCUCAAAACAACAGAUAAUAGAGUCUUAUCUAGAAGAACCCUGCAACAAAAGCAGAGGUAUUUGCAGUCAUGUCAAAAUCUCUUAGAAGCACCACAAAAGAAAAAAGAUUGACUCCCCAUUAAAAUGUAUGUGAAGUAAGUCCAGUUUUCCUAUUGGUCUGUAGACCUUAUACAUUUAGGAAUAUUGUGAGUAAAGCAUCUAGCUAUUUAAAUUCAGUUUCAGCAUAAAAUUUAACUCUUAAAAUCUAAUUUUGUCAUUUUACCCUUGUAUCUAAUUUAUAUAAAAAGUAAAAAUGUUAAAUUUG